GCGGCGGAGACGGCCCAGCCAGGCCCGUGUCGCCAUGGCGACGGCGCGGGGUUCCUGCCAUGGCGGAGGAGAACGGCGAGGAUGAUGCAGUAGCUGAAAUUGAGAAGAAGAUUGUAGAAGCCUUUGAGGUGUUUGACCAUGAGUGCAAUAAAACUGUGGAUAUCAGAGAGAUUGGUUCAAUUGUCAGGUCACUGGGUUGCUUCCCAACUGAGGCAGAACUACAGGAACUGCUUGCAAAGGUAGAAGAAGAAGAACCAGCCGGAUACAUUCAUCUGGAAAAAUUUCUUCCAGUGAUGACAAAAGUACUACUCGACAGAAGCUACCAGCCUAUUCCAGAAGAUGUUCUUCUACAUGCGUUUGAGGCUUUGGAUGCGAGUAAGUGUGGAUAUAUUACUAAAGAGGAGCUGGUCAAAUGUUUGACUGAAGAAGGUGAGCCCUUUACUCAGGAAGAAAUGGAGGACAUGCUCUCUGCUGCUCUAAAUCCAGAAACAAAUGCAGUUCACUACAGAGACUACAUUUCAAUGAUGAUAGUAGAUGAAACUUAAGAUUUUCCCCUUCAGUGUUUGACAUGCCUCUUGCUAACAGCAGUAUAACUUGGCAGUUGAAAUAUGUAUUUUAAAGUACAACAAAGCUCAGCUUGUGACCUUGUGCUUAUAAUUAAAAGAAAAU